CAAUGAAAAUAAUUCUUCUUCAUGGUAUCGGAGCCUAACCAAAAACCCUAAUUCUCCCUCUCUGACUUUCGGCUUCCCUCCUCCCUCGCCGGGACACCAGCGCCGCCGCCACUCUCCCUCUCUCUCGCACGGCCGGCCACCCCUCCUCUCUCUACCAUGGCCGAAAGCGAGAUCACCUCUCAAUCUACCACCCAAAAAUCUCCACAUCUGGCUUUCUCUGUUUCUAAUGUCAAAUUACAUGUCCUUAUUCAACUCAGUUUUUCUCAACCAAAUUACAAGAAGUGGAGCCGCUUAUUCCUCCUCCUUGCCCGGCGGUUCACCCUCCACGGCUACCUUGACGGGUCUAUUGUCCCUACCUCAAAAGAUGAUGAUGAAUGGUACCAACUUGACACCAUUCUCCAAGGCUGGAUUCUUUCCACCAUUACUGAUGAAGUCUCUGAUCUGGUUCUGACCUCCGCCUCCUCUGCCUCUGCUCUCUGGAAGAUGAUUCAUGAUCUGUUUCACGACAACAAGCAUGCUCGCGCCAUGCAGCUCGAGCACCAAUUCCGUACCACAGUCAAGGGAUCCACCCCCAUGGCCUCUUAUUGUCAAGAACUCCGGAAUAUUGUGGAUUGGCUGGACGACGUCGACGCCCCCGUUUCAGAGCACCAAUUGAUUCUUCAGAUGUUACACGGCCUCCCCGAAGAUCUCCAGGCUCAGACCUCGUUCCUCCAAUUUCAAGAUCCCAUGCCGAGUUUUCUCCAGGUCCGGUCGGCCCUCCUCCUCCUUGACCGACAACGGACCCCCCUGGCCAGCACCAGCAGCACGACGCUGCUGGCGGGGCAUGGCGGCAGCAGCUACGCAGGCGGACAGCACGGCGGGACUGGUGGGCGCGGCUCUCCUCACGGCAGCAACUCCGGCGGUGGGGGACAAUUUUUUGGCAGCAACUAUGGUGAUGGUUCCUCCUCCGGGCAGCGUGGUGGCUUUGGACGCGGACAAGGGCGCGGCAACGGCAACCGGGGUCGUGGUCGAGGGCGCCAAAACAGCGGUUCGAGGCAGCGACCACCCACAGACGGGCACAAUUUCUGGAACUCACCGUACCCAAACCCUAAUCCCGGGCUCAAGGCUGAGUUCUCCAUGACAGAUAUGGGCGAUCUGCACUUUUUCCUCGGGAUUAAUGUUCACCGCACAGCUUCUGGCCUCUUCCUCCACCAGACUCAGUUCGCGCACGACAUCCUUGAGAGGGCAGGGAUGGUUUCUUGUCGUGUAACACCCCGGCCCCCACCCUGGCUGUAAGUGUUCGCUCAUAGGAUUGUAGA